AUGACGUCAGCGCGUCAGAUUACUGGCUUUGUUUGUACGGAGCUGCUGCGGAGCUUCAGACCGAGCCAUCUGAAACCCUCCCAGGGCCGUUUUCAUCACCUUCUUUCGCCUGCCGGGAUGCCGUCGGACCGACCGUUCAAGCAGCGGAGAACGUUCGCUGAUCGAUGCAAAGAGGUCCAGCAGAUCCGAGAGCAGCACCCAAACAAGAUCCCUGUGAUCAUCGAGCGGUAUAAGGGUGAGAAACAGCUGCCAGUUUUGGACAAAACCAAGUUCCUGGUACCGGAUCACGUCAACAUGAGCGAGCUGGUGAAGAUCAUCAGGCGUCGGCUGCAGCUCAACCCCACCCAGGCCUUCUUCCUGUUGGUCAACCAGCACAGCAUGGUGUCGGUGUCCACCCCCAUCUCUGAGAUCUAUGAGCAGGAGAGGGACGAGGACGGCUUCCUCUACAUGGUCUACGCCUCGCAGGAGACCUUUGGCUGCUAGGAGGGAGGGGGCAGAGCAUUUUCAGGUGGAGGGAAGACAGAUGAAGAUUUCACAGGAAAAACCAACAUCCGCUCCUUAAGCCUAGAUCACACUGUGCGAUUUGCGGCAGAUUGUUCAUGUCGCAUUGUGAGAAUUCCAGAACUGUGCCACACGGCACGGCGCAAGAUUCCUGUGAGGCAGACUGCAUGACGUCUCGCUCCAGCAGGACACGCGGCGUCAUGAGCGCACCUCCCGAAAGCAUACGUCACUAAGCAGACCGCUAUCCAAAAGAAAGCUGAAAAGAUCAAAUAAAGCACCGUGUUAACAUUUCUUUAUAGAGUCAGCUCAUGACCCAGCGCAGCUUCCUGUGUCCCCCUGCAGCUAAACGCUACUGAACCAUCCUUAUUGGUUGAAUAUGUGAGAUUUCCACCAACAGAAAAGGGGUUUUAUGUUUUUGUUUUAUUUUUUAUUCUUGUGAGCUGCUCUCGUCUCACUCUCACAAAAUUAGAUUUCACAAUUCAGCUGAUGGUCUAAAAAUUAGUUUAAUUAUUUUUAGCUCAACUCCGGUUUAGCUUGGGCUAUUAACAAAACUAAAACUGGUGUCGUUUAUAAUCCGCAUUUUAAACAAGUUUAAACUGCUUCUGGUCGGUUGCAGACAGGAGUCGUAGGAUGAAUGCUCGUAGACUGUCGGAGGCCGUCUUUGGCUGUGAGAAGGCUCAAAAAGCCGUCGCAGAGCCCUGCAGACCGGACCACCACAGAUUUGCAAAUCGCCCUCACGUUCAGCUUUUUUUUCACACGAUUAUGCUCCCGAAGAGGGAUUUGGCUAAGACGGUCACAAAUCGCACAGUGGGAUCCGAGCUUUAGAUUAGGUCGGACACCAGAGGAUUUCCUGUUUGUGCUUUUAUUUUAUCCACUGCUGCUCAAGUCCUCUUAUUUUGGAGGAAUCCUACAAACUAAGCCGUACCUUUAGUUGGUAAGAACGAUUCGUUAGUUCUCAUCAUGAGUCAAGUUAAACUCAGCACAGGUGCGUCCUGCAUCAAAUCCAUCAUUUCAGCUUUUUUGUUUUUCAGACCAGUUUACUGAUCUAAAGUGCAAUAUUUCCCAGUUUAGUUCAGACCUGAUCACACACACCUCUGUAAGCACAACAGCACGUACUCACAUGCUGACUUUAAAACAACCUGGUCUGGUGACCUGGACUCUGAACCGGAUGUGGUCAGUUGUUCUGAAACGCAUCAUGAGAAAGGGGCGGGGUCACAGGACACUAGUGUGUGUGUGUUGAGAUGCACUGGCUCUAACAGACCCUGUAGAGCUGGAUGUCGUGGCGCCCCCUGCUGGUGUACAUAAUCUUUACAGCAGCACCAAGUGGAGCUAAAACGAAAUCUGAGCUUCUUUUGCACAUUAAUUAAAAAUAACUGUGUUAGAAUAACAAUUAUGCUUUUGUUUUCUUCGUACAACAGUUUACAAAUGGACUUGUUUUCUUUUACAUAUAAAUGUGUAUUGGUUUUAAUUUACAGGUGUUUUAAUUGAAUGUUAAACUUUUUAGCCGUUUCCCCAAACCAAAACUGUUCCUUAAAGCUUCCUGCUGGUGGCGCUGUUGUGGCGUACAUAAACAGCUUUUGCCAAUAAAUAAAAAGUUGCCUUUAAA